AUGGCUGGAGAUCAAUCUUCCCCGUUAAAAAGCAAUUCGAUGUCCGACCUGCAUUCAGAUGACUCCACAGUAGCUAGAAGCAACAUUACCAUGCGUUCAAAACGUAAGCAACCCGAAGACUCGCUCUCACCCGACUUCGAGCUACUUAAACGAGAACUCACGUCAAUGUUUAGAGAGUGGGCCGGCGAUCAAACACAAAAGUUUGAAAAACUAAAUAAUAGCCUUUUGGAAGUAAAGGCUCAGAAUACAAAUAUUGAGGUGCUGAAUAAGGAAACAGUAGGUAAACUCGACCUGCUUUCAAAACAACACGAGCAAGCAUUGGGCAAAAUAGAUUCCCUGGAAACGAAACAAACAGAGACCUCUUCGAGAGUGUGUGACCUUGAAAACAAGUUCGACGACGUUCAACGCCAGCUCCGUUCUAGUAGUGUGCUAGUAAGAAAUAUUCCUCCAUCAGAGACCAGCCUGCUUGAGAUCUCUGUCAAGUUAUUCGAGACUGUUGGAACUGAAUUAAGGGCAUGCGACAUACGCAAUUGCUACCGCCAAGGCAAGAAGGACACUGCGAAACCUAUUGUUAUCGAACUCAGCAACCCUAUACAGAAAGCCAACCUUCUAAAAGCAUCAAAAGCUUACAACUUGAGUCAUAAAGAAGAUAAACUAAAUACCUCCCUUCUGGGCUUUAAUGAGAAAAAUACCCAUUUUCCGAAUAUUAUCGUCACUGGAGAUGUAAACAUUGAUAUCAAGCCUGACAGCACUGACCCUCAUUACGAUGAAUAUCUAAAUACUUUAGCAUACCACGGACUAACACCUGCGCACACUAUAGCAACACGUGAAGAUGCUUUUAAGCAGGCAGUAAUAUCACCUAUACAUAAGGACGGGAACAGAGACGAUGUUAAUAACUAUCGACCAAUCUCGAUUCUACCAGCGCUUUCUAAGCUCCUGGAGAGGCUUAUGAACACUCGCCUGGUGAAAUAUCUCGAAAGUAAUAAUAUCCUCUCACCUAACCAAUAUGGGUUCCGCAAAGGUAGGUCAACGGAGGACGCGGUGAACUCAAUAACCAGUAUGAUUGCUAGACAUCUAGAUAACAAAAAGAAGUGCACCGCAGUCUUCCUUGACCUCGCCAAGGCCUUCGACACCGUCUCUGUUCCCAUUCUACUUGCUAAGAUGGAAUGUCUUGAGACAGGAAGCCAUCUUUUUCAAGUACAGUACUUCAAAAUUCAUAAUACCACUUAUUAA